AUGCUGCUCCCUACUGAUAUGGAAGAGUUGAAGAAUAUGAGGAUGCAGGAGGUUUUCCUCAGCGCGAAGAGGUACCUGGGUAUGGCUACCUAUAAGAUGGAGGAAGAAGUUAAGGGGCAGAGUAAGACCGCCGAGCUUGAGCGCAGUAAACAAAUAGAUGCUGCACGGACCCUCAAAACUUCCGAAACUGACCUCGCGAAGGCCAGGGAGGACUUAAAAGAGGCUACCCGAGCCAGGGAUAAUGCUGCGGCAGGUUUGACUGGUGCCCAAAAACAGGCCGAGGAGCAGACAAAGCGCUUACUCGCUGCCGUGGAGCAAUUGCAGAUUGCUAAGGAGCAUAUCAGUGAUUUAAAGAAGAAACUGAUCGAGGCAAACAAUGCUAAGGGCAUGGUGGAAUUUGCCAAGGACAAAAUCGUGAGGGCCAAACAGGAGGCUGAGUUUGCCAGAACUGAGGCCGAAGCUGCUAGGGACAAGGCCGAGGAGGAGGGUUACAAGGCGGGGGAAGAGGCCCUCAAACGAGCUGGGGUGGAAGUUUCGUCCGACUUGUGGAAGGCGGAGAGCGUAUUUUAUCCUCCAGCCAUCCGUGAGACCGCCUCCGCUAGCUCCGAGGCUGUGAGUGCUCCACAGGAGGCUGAGGCUGCUCAGUUAGAAGUUGCUCAGAUCAUCGUCACUCUUGGCAAGUCGACUGAAGAAGGAGAGCCUCAUGAUGCGACAGAAGCACUUGGAGGUCUGGAUCCCGAGAUGCCUAAAGAGGGUGCCGAGCCUGCGGUCAGUGCUCAGAUCUCUGGUGUCGAGGAGCCAGCCAUCUUUGUUCAGCCCCUACAGGUCAUUCCCCUUACUGAUGUCCCCAAAAGCACUGAAACUAAUCCUGCUCAGUCUUCCCAAGAAGGGGAUGUCUCCUAG